UUAAAUCAAUUUCUAAUAAUACGAAAAAAUAUCUCAGAUAAAAAAUAAGGUGAAGAACUAUAAUUAAUAUAUUUUCAUCACUCCUAUAUGAGCAAACUCUAAUUUGUAUUAAUUGCUGCACUUCUUCUUGUUGCAGUCUCUGCUAAAACCGCUUAGGAAUGGAAGACACGUAACAUUUAUCAAAUCAUCACUGAUAGAUUCGCUCUUGGUGAUGGAUCUAAGCCAUACUGUGAUUUAAAUAAAUAACCCUACUAUUGUGGUGGUAACUUCAAGGGUAUUGAGAACAAUCUUGACUACAUUCAAGGUAUGGGUUUCAAUGCUAUUUGGAUCUCUCCUGUUCCUGAUAACUACCCCAACUAAUUCCAUGGUUAUGCUGCCAAGAACAUGACUGAAAUAAACAGCCAUUUUGGUGGUGCUGAUGGUCUUAAAUCUCUUAUUGAUGCAUGCCACAAGAGAGAUAUCUGGGUUAUGAUUGAUGUUGUUGCUAACCACAUGGGUAACACCGAUUAAAACUACUCUGAAAAUAUUCCCUUCAACUCUCCUGAUCACUAUCACUCUUACUGUAUUAUUUCUGAUUCAGAUUUCGCAACUAAGAAUAUGUACAACAUUCAACACUGCAGACUUGCUGGGCUUGCCGACCUUAACUAAGAAAAUUCUUAUGUUAGCAACUAUCUUGUUAACUGGAUUAAGGAUCUUGUUUAAACCUACAACGUUGAUGGUAUUAGAAUAGACACUGUCCCUGAAGUACACCCUGACUUCUGGAAAUAAUAUACUACCUCUGCUGGUGUUUUUGCUACUGGUGAAGUUUUUGAUGGUGAUUUUGGAUAUGUUGCCAGCUACAUUCCCUCUGUUGGCUCAGUCUUGAACUAUCCUUGGUACUUUAACAUGAGAGAUAUCUUCGUUAACCAAAAGGAUAUGUGGGGAGUUAGAACCUAUUACUAAAAUUGGGCUAAUUAACACGCUGAUCUUUCUAUCCUUACUCCUUUCGUUGAUAAUCACGAUAAUCCUCGUUUCUUAUCUGAUCAAGUCUUCAAUAAUGGUAAAGACAGAAACACUCGUAUUCAACUCUUAAAGGGAUACACAACUUUCACUCUUACAUCUAUUGGUAUUCCUAUUCUUUACUACGGUACUGAAUAAUACUUCUCUGGUAAUACUGAUCCUUAUGACCGUGAACCUUUGUGGAACAGCUUAAACACUAACUCUGAUAUGUACAAAUAUGUCCAAUCUAUUUUAUAUGCUAAGAACAUCACUAAUGCUGGAUUAUAAGGAUAAACUGAAGCUUAUUGUGACCAAGAUUUAUAUGCUUUCUUCAGAGGUAAAUUGUUCGUUGGUGUCACUUCUAAGUUUAAUUAAGUUACAAGACAAAUUGUUACUCAUCCCUUCUCAAAUGGUGAAGUUAUUUGCAAUAUUUUCUAUCCUACUUAAGAUUGCCUUACAAUUACUAAUAACUCCUUCAACCUUGUUCUUAUUGGUGGUGAAGCUAAGAUCUUUGUUCCUAAAUCUCUCCUCUAAAAAUCAAGUUAAUUUUUGAGAUCUGCUUCUAGUUGA